AUGGAAUUCAAGCAUCUGGUUGACGUAGCGGAGAAAUGGUGCUCUGGGAACCCUUUCGAUCUAAUCGCAGCAGAGGAGGGAGACGAGAGGCGGCUGGAUUUCUAUGCAGAACCAGGAGUCUCGUUUUACGUCCUGUGUCCAGAUAUGAGUGGUGGUUCUGAUAAUUUUCACGUGUGGAGUGAGAGUGAAGACUGCUUGCCCUUCCUUCAACUGGCCCAGGACUAUAUCUCCUCUUGUGGGAAGAAAACACUGCUGGAGGUCCUGGACAAAGUUCUCAGAUCCUUCAGACCGCUCCUGGGUCUUCCUGACGCUGAUGAUGACGCCUUCGAGGAGUGCCGUGCGGAUGUGGAGGAGGAGCCCGAGGCUGACCACCAACAGAUGGGCGUCAGCCAGCAGUAAUAACACCCCCUCCACCCCAGCCAGGACUGCCCUCCCCUCUAAUGUUCUCCUGCCCCCAUGGAGGGCUGCCCGCUUGAACUGUGCCCACAUGGUACUUUACCCUCUUAACAGCAGCACUUUCAGAGUAGCACAACCUCAAUAAGCUUCUUACUGCAGUU